AUGAUAAAUUAUCAAGCUAGAUCUCCUUCCUACAGCAGUACCAGUGAUUCUGAUGAAGAAGAAAUAACAGAAGAAGGAUUAAGAGCCAUCAGAAGUAAUGCCACUCAUCCAUUAAUCCAAAAGAAAGCUAGUGAUUUAAGUACUUCAAUUCAAUUAAUCACAAGUGAUAAUGAUUCAUUAAUAAAUGAAGAAGAUGAAGAAGAAGAUAGUUCCAAUCCUUUCAUAGAUACCAAACUUUCCGAUUAUUAUAGUCGAGUAUAUGAAACAUCUCAAUAUGAAUGUCGUCAUUUAUUCGAUCCUAAUUUUAAUUGGUCAAAACAUCAAGAUAAAAUCAUUGUUCAUAAAUUAGAUAAAGUUAUAGCGUUGUUUGCUUGUCUUAUGUUUACUGGUUUACAAUUAGAUAGAGGGAAUUUACCUCAAGCUAUUUCCGAUAAUAUGUUGGAAGAUUUGAAUUUAACUACCAAUGAUUAUAAUAGAGGUAAUACUAUUUUCCUUAUAUGUUUCUUAUUGGGGGAAAUUCCUUCAUCAAUAUUAUCAAAAUGGAUUGGAGCUGAUAGAUUCAUACCUUUCCAAAUGAUUACUUGGUCAAUAGUUGCAUCAUGUCAAUGUUUUCUUCAAGGUAAAUAUUCCUUCUUUUUAGCCAGAGCUUUAACAGCCGUUUUAGAAAGUGGUUUAAUUGCCGAAUUAGUAUUAUUUUUAUCAACUUAUUAUAAAGCCAAGGAAUUACCCAUUAGAUUAUCUUGGUUAUGGGUAACAUCAACCAUGGUUCAAGUUUGUGGGGCUGUAAUGGCCAUGGGUAUUUUAAGAUUAAGAGGAUUUUUAGGAUGGGAAGGUUGGAGAUGGUUAUUUCUUAUUGAAGGAUUAAUUACUUUAGUGAUUGGGGUAGGAGCCAUUUAUAUGUUAAUCCCAUCACCCAUUGAAUUAGUCGAUAGAGGAUGGUUUACCGAACAUGAAGUUAAAAUCAUUGUUAAUAGAGUUUUAAGAGAUGAUCCAACUAAAGGUGAUACUAACAAUAGAAGUGGAGUAACUUUAAAACAAUUAGUCAGGGUAUUUUUAGAUUAUGAUUUAUGGCCUAUUUAUCUUGUGGGUCUUAUUGCAUAUAUCCCUGCUAGUUCAAUUGGAACUUAUAUUCCAAUCAUUUAUAGAGGAGCAGGAUUAACUACUUUCCAAACCAAUCUAUUAUUAAUCCCUCAUUAUAUCUUGCAUAUCACAUUUUUAUUACAAAUCACUAAACUUUCAGAACGAUUCAAUCAAAGAGCUUUAGUGGCCAUAAUCUUACCUAUUUAUUCCAUUCCGUUAUUAUUCAUUUUCAAAUAUAAUCGUGAUCGUUUAACCACAACUGGUUUGUGGUUAUUAUCAUCAUUAAUCGCUGGUGCCCCAUAUAUCCAUGCUAUUUGUGUUAGUUGGGUUUCAAGAAAUUCCGGUAGUAUUAAAACAAGAUCAGUUAGUGCUGCAGUAUAUAAUUUAAUCGUUCAAGCUGGUGGAAUCAUUUCAGCUAAUAUUUAUAGAGAUGAUGAUAAACCAUUAUAUCAUAGAGGUAAUACUCAUAUCUUAUUGUUUGGAAUUGCAUUACUUCCAUUAUUAUUAUCGAUUAAGGCUUAUUAUACAUGGAGAAAUAAUUCCAAAAGUAAAGUUUGGAAUUCAAUGACAGAAGAUGAACAAUAUCAAUACGUUCAUAAUACCCCUGAUGAAGGUAAUAAAAGAUUAGAUUUUAGAUUCGAUAGUUAG